AUGAAGACCUUUGGUGUGUAUCUUCUCGCCGCUCUCGUCCGACAGGCACUCGCCCUGCCUGCCAGCGAGAUUCGAACUCCGACUCCCACUGCAGAUCAUGCCCGUGCCGGCGCCGUCCGCGCUGCUUACAAGACGGCCUGGGCGGGCUACUAUAAAUAUGCCUGGCCUCACGAUGAGCUUCUCCCCAUCAGCAACACCUACGUGGAUGACCGCGCUCAAUGGGGUCUCACCCCAAUCGACGGCCUCGACACCGCCAUUGUCAUGAACGACAAGGACAUUGUCAACACCAUCCUCGACUUCAUUCCCACCGUCGACUUUACCACCACGCGCAAGGUGGGCGAGACCAUCUCGCUCUUUGAGACCACCAUCCGCUACAUCGGCGGUCUGCUCAGCGCCUACGACCUGCUCAAGGGCCCCUACAAGCGUCUGGCCAACGACCCCAAAAAGGUCGACGCCCUGCUGACCCAGGCCGCCAGCCUCGCCGACACCCUCAGCAUCGCCUUCGACACCCCCAGCGGCAUCGCCGACGGCUACCUGGUCCUCAACCCGUCCCGCAAGAUCAGCGGCGCCGCCAGCAGCAACCUCGCCGAGGUCGGCACCCUGAUCCUCGAGUGGACGCGUCUCAGCGACCUCACCGGCAACCCCAAGUACGCCCAGCUGGCCGCCAAGUGCGAGGCGCACCUGCUCGCCCCGAAGGGCAGCCCGGAGGCUUGGCCGGGUCUGGUGGGCACCGACAUCAGCACCACCAACGGCACCUUCCUCAACAGCGCCGGCGGAUGGUCCGGCGGCGCUGACAGCUUUUAUGAGUACCUCAUCAAGAUGUACGUCUACGAUCCCAAGAGCUACGGCCAAUAUCGCGAUCGCUGGGUCGCAGCGGCGGAUUCCACCAUGGAGCACCUCGCGUCAAACCCGACAUCCCGCAAGGACCUCACCUUCCUGAAGCAGUUCAACGGCCAGAACACGGAGCCCGUCACCGGCCACUUGACCAGCUUCGCCGGCGGCAACUUCAUCCUCGCCGGCACCGUCCUCAAGGAGGACAAGUACACCCAGUUCGGCCUCGCCCUCGCCGAGUCGUACUUUGCCACCUACACAGCCACCGCCAGCGGCAUCGGCCCGGAGACCUUCCGCUGGGUCGACACCGCCGCCAACACCAGCACGCAGCAGCCGCCCGCCGACCAGGCCUCCUUCUACGCCAAGGCCGGCUUCUGGGUCGACGGCGGCGCGUACAUCCUGCGCCCGGAGACGAUGGAGUCGCUGUACUACGCGUACCGCGCCACCGGCGACAAGAAGUACCAGGACCUCGCGUGGAGCGGCUUCAGCGCGAUCGCGAAGCGGUGCCGCGUGGGCAGCGGGUUCUCGGGCCUGCGGGACGUGCGGAGGGAGGACGGGGGUGGAUUCGAUGACUUGCAGCAGUCGUUCUUCCUGGCGGAGACGUUGAAGUAUGCGUACCUCAUCUUUGCGGAUGAUACGCCGGUGCAGGUCAAGGGUGACGGCGCGAACCAGUUCGUGUUCAACACGGAGGCGCACCCGUUCAAGGUCCGCGGCUAG